CGUGCUGUAAUGAGUUAUACGUCGUUACGUGUUAGCAUAAUGUGUAUUCCGAAUGCUUAUUAACUUUCCUCUUCGCGCAUUCGAUAUUUUUCGAUUUUUUACAGGUUAAAUUGAAAGAUUAUAUUAAUUAUUGGCCAACAUAGUCAGCAAGUUGUUCUCCGUCGCCAUGUUUACUUUGGGUGACGCCAACUCUCUCCAUUUUCCUCCGCCUCUGGUUGUCAAGAAGAUGGCAGCUUCCAGGCAGGCAUGAGAGGAAAUUUUUCUUCGCAAAUCGAAUGAAUCUGGAUUAUUCCCACAAGAUUAGACCACCCAUCAGUGCUUUUGCAAAUCCUGCAUCGAAUUAGAAGUCAUGUCUGUCCCUGGUUCCGCGGUGACUGGGACCUCGGCGUCCGUUCUGCAACCGCGAUGGAAACGGGUCCUCGGAUGGUCGGGUCCCGUUCCCCGGCCCAGACAUGGACACAGGGCUGUGGCGAUAAAGGAACUGAUGGUUGUGUUUGGCGGUGGAAAUGAAGGGAUAGUGGAUGAAUUACAUGUCUAUAAUACCGCAACAAACCAGUGGUUUAUCCCUGCUGUUCGUGGUGACAUUCCACCUGGUUGUGCCGCUUAUGGUUUUGUCUGUGAUGGCACAAGAUUGCUGGUAUUUGGUGGUAUGGUGGAAUAUGGAAAAUACAGCAAUGAUCUCUAUGAACUACAGGCCAGCAGAUGGGAGUGGAAAAAGUUAAAAGCAAAAAAUCCCAAAAAUGGCCCCCCUCCUUGUCCCCGUCUUGGUCACAGUUUUUCCUUGGUGGGAAACAAAUGCUACUUGUUUGGUGGACUCGCCAAUGACAGCGAGGACCCAAAAAACAACAUUCCCAGAUACCUGAAUGAUUUGUACAUACUCGAGCUUCGUGCCGGGUCCAGCGUUGUCGCAUGGGAUAUUCCAAUCACAUAUGGAGUCCUGCCUCCUCCUCGAGAGAGCCACACUGCAGUGGUUUACACAGAGAAGCUGAGUAGAAAAUCCCGACUGAUCAUUUAUGGAGGGAUGAGUGGAUGCCGUCUUGGAGAUCUAUGGACUCUAGAUAUCGAUACCUUAACAUGGAACAAACCAUCAGUGAACGGCACAGCACCACUCCCUAGGAGUCUACACUCUGCCACUACAAUCACAAAUAAGAUGUAUGUUUUUGGUGGCUGGGUUCCUCUGGUAAUGGAUGAUGUCAAAGUGGCCACACAUGAAAAGGAGUGGAAAUGCACAAACACCCUGGCCUGCUUAAAUCUUGACUCCAUGUGCUGGGAGACGGUGUUGAUGGACACCCUUGAAGACAACAUUCCCAGGGCCCGUGCUGGCCACUGUGCUGUGUCUAUCAAUUCUAGACUUUAUGUUUGGAGCGGCCGUGAUGGUUACCGCAAAGCAUGGAACAACCAAGUCUGUUGUAAAGACCUGUGGUACCUGGAAACUGAGCGGCCGCAUGCCCCUGCUCGGGUGCAGUUGGUCCGUGCCAAUACAAACUCCCUGGAAGUGAGCUGGGGUGCAGUUUCGACUGCAGACACAUAUUUGUUGCAGCUGCAGAAAUAUGACAUCCCCGCAACUCCAGCUGCAGCCUCGCCAGCAAUGGGUUCACUCCCCUCGCAACCUGUGAAUUCUCCUAAGAGUCCCGCUCCAGCUGCUGCGGCCCCCUCUCCACAGAAUCUGCCACAAACUGCUGUGUUGAAGGUUGCCACUCAGCAAUCUGCCACAGGCGCAUCAGUUGUCACAGUCCGCCCGACACAGCCUGGGAAAUCUCCUGUCACUGUGACAUCCCUUCCUCCUGGUGUCAGAAUGGUUGUGCCAGCUACCCAAGGAUCGCCAAUUGGAAGCAGCCCUCAGAUGAGUGGCAUGGCAGCUUUGGCUGCUGCAGCUGCAGCCACACAGAAGAUUCCGCCGUCCUCUGCUGGAACAGUCCUCAAUGUUCCCGCAGGCGCCACAAUUCUCAAAACAGUUGCCGUUUCCCCUGGCACAACCACAGUCAAAGUUGCUUCCCCAGUCAUGGUUAGCAAUCCUGCCACCCGUAUGCUGAAGACUGCUGCAGCUCAGGUGGGCACCGCAGGCACGUCUUCCCCCACUACUACCACCAGGCCCAUCAUCACUGUGCACAAGUCUGGCGCGGUCACUGUGGCUCAGCAGGCCCAGGUAGUAACCACUGUGAUGGGAGGAGUUACCAAGACAAUCGCCUUGGUCAAGAGUCCCCUCACCAUGGGCAGUGGUGGCACUCUGAUCUCCAACCUUGGCAAGAUGAUGUCAGUGGUCCAAACGAAGCCAGUGCAGACAUCAGCUGUGACAGGCCAGGCUUCAACCAACCCUCUGACCCAAAUAAUUCAGGCAAAGGGUCCCCUGCCAGCUGGUACCAUUUUGAAACUGGUGACUUCUGCGGAUGGAAAGCCUGCAACGAUCAUUACCACCUCCCAGGCUGGAGGUGCCGGAAACAAGCCCACAAUCCUUAAUAUCAGUGGAGUCUCUUCAAAUGCAGCUAAACAGGGCCCGACUAUUAUUAAAACCAUCCCGAUGUCGGCCAUCAUGACCCAACCUGGAGCAACAGGUGUAACGAGCAGUACCGGGAUGAAAACACCCAUUACAAUCCUCACGACCAAAGUGAUGACCACUGGAACACCUGGCAAAAUUAUCACUGCAGUGCCCAAGCUAGGCGCAGCAGCUGGCCAACAGGGAUUGACACAGGUCGUUUUGAAAGGUGCCCCGGGUCAGCCAGGGACUAUUUUGCGCACUGUACCCAUGAGCACAGUAGGCGGGGUUCGACUUGUUACUCCAGUGACGGUAUCUGCCGUUAAACCCACUGUCACAACCCUAGUUGUCAAGGGAACAACUGGAGUCACCUCUCUUGGAACAGUGACUGGUACAGUCUCCACAAGCCUGGCAGGUGGCACUGUGGACACUGCUAACGCAUCACUGGUUACUCCCAUCACCACAUUGGGGACCAUUGCUACCCUUUCCAGUCAGGUCAUCAGCUCACCUGCGAUAACUGUGUCAGCUGCCCAGACCACUCUAACGUCUGCAUCCACGUUGCCCUCCUCCACCAUUACAGUGCAGAAUCAACCCACCCAGGUGACUCUGAUCACAACUCCCAGUGGUGUAGAAGCCCAGCCUGUGCAGGAUUUACCAGUAUCAAUUCUGGCUUCACCCACUUCUGAGCAGCCCAGCUCCUCUGAGGCUGGAGCUGCUGGGGAUGGGUCCGGGACUGUUACAUUGGUCUGCUCUAACCCGCCGUGUGAGACGCACGACACCGGAACUACUAAUACAGCCACGACAUCGUCUGCCAGCAUUGGUGCAGUGCAAGUUUGCUCCAAUCCACCUUGUGAAACCCACGAAACAGGAACCACCUCCACUGCCACCACCUCCUCCGCUACAAUUGGAGCAGGACAGGUCUGCUCUAACCCGCCCUGCGAGACCCACGAAACGGGAACCACCAACACAGCUACAACGGCAUCCUCAAAUAUGGCCACUCUUCGCGUCUGUUCCAACCCGCCAUGUGAAACCCACGAAACUGGAACAACCAACACGGCAACCACAGCCUCAGCUAGCAUGGGAGUACAGCAGGUGUGCUCCAAUCCUCCAUGCGAGACUCAUGUGACCGGUACCACCAACACAUCCACUCAGGCAUCUUCCAACAUGAGUGAAAGCCAGACCAGCACAGUGCAGAGGGUUUGCUCCAACCCUCCUUGCGAAACCCAUGAGACCGGAACAACGAAUACGUCGUCGACGGCCACCUCCAGCAUGGGAGGAGACCAGACCACUUCAGCAACUGGUGCCGUUCAAAGAGUUUGCUCCAACCCCCCUUGUGAAACACAUGAAACCGGGACCACCAACACAGCCACUACUGCCACCAGCAGUCUUGAGACAGGAGAAGGCACAGCAGCUCAGCAGACAGAGGAUGUAACCGAAGCCACCAGCAGCACUGAAGAGGCCUCAUCCACUGCAACAGCUGUUACUGCCACCCAGGGCAGGGCCAUCACUACUGUCACUCAGUCCACGCCUGCCCCCGGGCCAUCCGUACCUUCAAUCUCGUCAAUCACCGAGGGGGUGAGCACUGCAGCUAGUUCAACUGAAGAAGAACCCAUGCAGACUGAAGCAACCGCACCUGCAGAAGUGGCGCCUGCAGAGGAGGAACCCACUCCUAUGGAAACUCAGGCAGAAGGAGACGCAGCAACAGUCGACACAGCAGCAGUCGACGCAGCAGCAGUUGCCACAGCCACAGCUUUGAACCUGCCGUCUGAACUCAUGUCUGAAGGCCAGGGAGCCACGUUGAUGGUAACGGGACUGUCAGACGAAGAACUCGCCGUCACAGCGGCAGCAGAGGCCGCCGCUCAGGCAGCGGCUACUGAAGAGGCACAGGCACUGGCCAUCCAAGCGGUCCUUCAGGCCGCCCAACAAGCUGUAAUGAAUGAAGGCGAUGCAUCCGGAGAGGCUCAGCAAACAACCGGCAUCCCCAUCAUGCUGACACAGCAGGAGCUUGCAGCACUGGUCCAGCAGCAGCAGCAGCUACAGGAGGCCCAGGCUGCCGCCCAGCAGGGCACCGUCGACACGAGCAUGCCCACUGAGGGUCUCGCUCCGGCCGACAGCCUCAACGACCCCUCCGUAGAGAGUAACGGACACAGUGAGAUGGCUGCUGCGGUAACCAGUGCGGUGGCCGCCCUACUGCCACGUACCACCGCUGAAACACUUGCUCCUUCGAGUACAUUUGCGCCAGCUGUGUCGGUGGCCAGUCCGGCCAAGCUGCAAGCAGCAGCUGCGCUCGCUGAAGUAGCCAAUGGCAUUGAGGGAGAGAAGCAAGCCCCUCAGCCGACCCCUGUGAAGCCUGCUGUAAAGAAAGAGAACCAGUGGUUUGAUGUUGGAAUUGUCAAAGUGACAAAUAUGGUUGUCACACACUUUUAUGUACCGGCAGAUGAUUCUCAAGGAGAUGACGACUCUGGAGUCAUUCCAGACUACAGCCAGAUGAAGAAAAUGGAGCUUCAGCCAGGAACGGCGUACAAGUUCCGUGUAGCUGGAAUCAAUGCAUGCGGCCGCGGCACCUUCUCUGAGAUCUCAGCUUUCAAGACUUGUUUGCCCGGAUUCCCCGGUGCACCGUGCGCCAUCAAAAUCAGCAAGAGCCCCGAUGGCGCUCACCUGACCUGGGAGCCUCCCUCAGUGACGUCAGGGAAGAUCAUCGAGUAUUCCGUGUACCUGGCCAUCCAGAGCAACCAGACAGCCGAGGCCAAGGCCUCUACCCCGGCCCAGUUAGCGUUUAUGCGUGUGUACUGUGGACCCAAUCCCUCUUGCCUGGUGCAGUCUUCCAGUCUCUCCAACGCUCACAUCGACUACACCACCAAGCCAGCCAUAAUAUUCCGCAUCGCUGCCCGAAACGAGAAGGGCUAUGGUCCUGCCACUCAAGUUCGAUGGCUGCAGGAAUCUGGCAAAGACGGUGCCUCCGCAAAACCGGCACCCAAAAGACCAGGCACCUCACCUGAUACUAAGACUACUGGUCCAAAGAAAGCAAGGACGGACCAGUGAGGUUGUCCAGAGAUCCCUGCCCCUUUUUGUCCUUUUUUCCUACUUGCUGUCCUUUUUAUCCGGAAGACCUCUUCAUCCUCAAUGUCAUCCUAAUCGCAUCCUCCUCCACCCACAAGUCUCAGGCCAGACGGCAAUGGAGGCAGAACACCUGAGUUAUGCAGAGAUGAAAGUCUAUCUGAGAGAUGUUUCUGUAGAUACACCCCACUUUUCAUCCAUGUUCCGUUGGCCAUGUUAUUUGUAGAGACAUGACGUUAGCAGCACAUUAUCUUUUUCAGUCGAAAACCCUUCCACCAUUUUAACUUUGCUUUUUGGGGCUUGUUUCAGUACUUUAGCAGUAUAGAGAAGCAUUUACAUCCUUCACAAACUGGGAGCCAGCCCGAAUGCUAUGUUACUUUUGCGUGUGUGUGUGUCUCUUGUGAAUCAUUGGGGAUGUAGAGAGACUACAUAAAAAUGUACAGUGUUGGAACAAGGUUGCGGCGGCAUUAGAUUAGGUGAGAGGAAAAAAAUUGGUAUGGAAUCAAAUAAAAGCACUUGUCCUAAAUGAUAGGACAUUAUUUUUUUCCCCCUUUCUUUUUUUGCUCCAAAUUGCUUCUUGAAGACCCAGGUCCAUACAGUUAGAAUGGUAUUGGGUACAUCAUCACUGUGUGCUUUUCACUCACACCAACAUGUGGACUGUUGACAUCUGGAUGUGGUCAAGGAAGAAAAAAAAGACAAUUUGUAGAGAGUUGACCUUGAACUUUGCUUCGACUGAGACUUGCAGCACAUACACACACAGAUAGCAACACCCCCCCCCCCCCCCUCCCAAAUUAGCGAGCAAUGACGCAGAAGAUCUUUUUGUGUAGUUUAUUUUUGUAUUUUUUAAGCCUUUACUCUCCUUCUGUGUGUAUGUUGUGCAUUUUAAAGCAUCACUUUUUUUUUAAGCUAUUGUUCAUCCCCCAGAAUAGUUUGUUUGUUGGCAGACUGUUGGCCAUGUUGAAGUUGCCACUAUAUUUUUAAAAGUUGUCAUUCAGUUGGUUGUAUGUUCAUGUUAACAGACGGUAAUUAAAGAGCGAGACUUUGUUCGUAUUUGUUCCAAGUAGAACCGAAGUGGUUAUAGGACUGAAGGGAACUUAAAAGUGGGAGAGAUUUUACUUUUGUUUACUGCAGCUUUCUCAAUGCUUGUGUUUUGCUCCGUUUGCCAAACAUGGAGUUUCCCGGGAUUCAUACCCACCACCUUAACAUCCCAUGAUUUAUGAUGCUUUUUAUGCUCAUGAAUGUGGUAUCUCACCUCUUCAUUUUUGUUUUGUUAGAAUGUCAAAUUAUAAUAGUAGGCUUAUUCCCCUAUCUUAUUGAUGUAUGUGAACCCAUUUAAUAAAUUUUAAUUUUUUUUCCCUUCCAUGACUCUGUAUUUCAAACUGCAGAUGGCGUGCGGGUCAGUCUGAACGGGGUUUUCUAGAGCGAGAGCUUAAAUAGCCAGAGUGUACUCACUUGUAAAUUAAUUCGUUCAUAGAGCAAGAAUAAAACGAAACAAAAUCACCUUGGCCUUUUAUAUAAUUACCUGUGACAAACUGUUUUUACAUACUGGUCAUCUCUUCAUUGCCUUUUUGUGUAUUUACUAUGAAAGAAAAAUUCUAUAUACAAAGCUAUCUAUAGUCACUCGACUUGUUUUCGAUUUGCUUGUGCCCCGCUGAUUCGCUGUGUGAGAGUCAGAAUCCCUUUAGAGUACAGCACCAACUUGUACUGGGAUGUUUCUGUUUUAGCCACGAUGAGUGGCCAGAUACCAUCGCCUUUUCUCUGGCUCGCAUCUAAUCUACCAUUUGUGGGUUCUCUAAGUUUCUUUCUCUGGCUGAAUUCAACCUUUCAUAUGCAUUUUUUUUUUUUGUGCGUGUCAGUGUGUCCGUUGAACAAAACUAGACAUGCAUGCAAAAACAGUGUAUUUUGGUAGUGAUGCCUUAAGUUAGAUCAUAUGCUGAAGGUUCUACAAGGAAAAACAAAAAAACAUUAAGUUUGUUCCUCUCUCCACGUGGUAUUCAAGUGUGUCCUUUCCUUCCUCAGUACCUUUUCAGGGUCACUCUUUUUGCACCCUUGUUAGAUAGGUCUCCAUCAGCAGUGCCGAGAUGUGUCUGAACUUUUCCCUCCACGAGUGGUGCUUUCAGCACUGGCAGUCGUUGCGAGUUUCUCUGUCGGCCGAUCGCAAGUUACCUGGAAAUGUCCUGUAUUUUCAAAUGUGUGUUUUUUUGUACUGUAGGGAGUAAUGUAUCUUUUAUCAUCAAAAAAUAAACAUGGUAAACAGA